AUGGCUUAUUUCCCAGAGCUUCGCGCAUUCAUGAAGAAUGUCUACCACAACUCUACCGCUCAGCGAUUAGCUCAAGAUAUGAUGGCUGUUGGCAAAGCGACCAGCGCCAACGGAUCAUCAUAUCGGAUCGUAUCCGUUUCGAGCUUGAGAGACCUUCUUCCUGAUAGAUCGAUUACUGAUCGACUGGUACAAAAGUAUCUCAGUACCUUUGAGACAACGUACAGGAUCUUGCACAUACCAACAUUCCAGAAUGCAUACGAGCAAUAUUGGGACGUUGAGAAGCCCGGUUCUGGAGAAAUGGAUGCUGUCGUACUCUCAAUGUUAGCGUGUACUCCGUCAAUGGUUUCCAGACUCGAAGCGGAUUGUGCAGCACCUGGUAAUUUUAAUGAUGUGCAACUUUCUCCUAGCCUGGAGGAACUUCCGCCAUCAGAACCGAUGGAGAUAUUUACCGACACGUCCUUCCUCUUCAUCUCCACGAGAUCGGUUGGUUUCCGUUCGAGUCUAUGCGCUCUGACGAAUAGCUUGCAGUCAAGGCUUAGCUUCCAGGAUACCCUGUCACAUGCAAACACUAUCGAAGAUUAUAUACAGAGUAUCCCUAACUGGAUAGAUUCAGGAUCUCUCCAGGUGCGCGUACUUCUCGACCUCCAGCUUCGACAGCUGUUGGUAAUCUUGUACGCAGCAAACACUGCUGAUGCAGGAGCCACACUCAACACGGAGCGUCGAUACUCGAUCAUUGCACUGAUGGAGGCCGCAGCUGCAACAACGGCUUUGCACACGGCUCUGACGGCAUCUUCUAACCUCGCACUAUGUUGUACCCGCAGCGACUACUAUAGAGCCGCGCUACUAGUUUGCCAUGCCGCUUAUCAUGCAAAUAAAGUCAACGAUACCAUGGUAGUGCAGGCUGCCAAGAGUACACUGGAUAGUUGUGCACAACAAGCACUUCGUCUCCAAGAAGAGAGAGUGAUGCUGGUAGGUCGUGGAGGCCAGCAGCAUUGGGUGCUAAGUGCUGCAGUUGGAUUGGCCAGUGUGCAGUUCGAACCAUCACAUUCGGACGCGGUCAAGCUUCAGGCGAUAGAUCGCGUAUCACGCUUGCUGUACAGGAUGCUUUCUCGAAAAGAUAUUAGUGAAGAGCCUCCAGCCAAUGAGGUUCUACUUCAAGAUGCACCACGCAUAGCCAAACAGAUCAAUAGUCACUCCGGUUAUUCCGCUGAAGCACUAUCAACAGAUUCUUUCGCCGACGUUGGGCUGCGCAUUGAUGCCUUCGACUUCGGCGAGACAUCAGAGUGGAUGCUGGAUGACUUCUGGUUCCUCAACGAGCCGUUUGGAAGCGAAUGUUAG